AUGAAUAACAAGAAUGCGUCCUCUUCUUUUAUAUAUCGAUUGAUUUUACCGCAUCUGAGGGAGGAUCUUGAUCUAAGGCCGAAAGAUAUCCGUCUUUUAGUGCAUAAAGCCACCAACUUGGAUGUAUCAUAUCACAAGUGUUGGAAUGCUAGGAGGAAGGCGAUGAUAAAAAUAUUCGGGGAUUGGGAUAAAUCGUAUGAGAUCUUACCUCAUUAUCUUGAAGCACUCAAAAGAGAAAAUCCGGGGACUGUCUACGAAGUAUCUUCGGACCCCGUUGAUGGCGGAGAACGGCGGUUCACCGGUGUAUUUUGGGCAUUUGGGCCCUGUAUUGAGGGGUUUCGUCAUUGCCGUCCUCUUCUUAGCAUUGAUGGAACUCACUUAUAUGGUAAAUACAAAGGCGUUUUGCUUGUUGCAACCGGAGUUGACGCGGAUGGCGGGUUGUUUCCUUUAGCAUUCGCAGUGGAUGAAAGGAAUUCCAAGAGCACUCCAACGACAUUUCCCGCCACCCAUGCACUCUGUAUAUAUGCUCAUAUUUUAAUCACAGGUCUAUUCAUUAUGGAUCCGGGACCGGAGAAUCCCGACGUUUUGUACCUUCAGGCGAGUCAUUGUUCAGACCAUAUUGGUUCGGGAGAGCCCGUACCAGAGUACACGAUGAUCGAGCAUUCCCAUAGUCAUUCGGCAUGGGUCAUAGAGGAUGAGAGGGUACUAGCUUUGAUCGCUCAGGCCGGUUUUCGACCGUGUUCGACGAUUCGUUAUAUCAGGCUUGAUUGGCCGCUUAUCACUGCUUUGAUUGAGAGGUGGAGGCCAGAGACCAACACCUUUCACAUGCAUAUAGGGGAGUGCACGAUCACUUUACAGGACGUGGCCGUCAUACUUGGGCUCCGGAUUGAUGGACCGGUAGUUACGGGCACCGACGAUCAUAGUUGGCCGGAGGUAUGUGCCCGGCUACUUGGACAGGUUCCCGACUUGAGGAGUGGUGCGAUGAAGCUAUCGUGGCUUCGUCAGACAUUUCAGGGCGACAUACCAGAGGAUGCCUCUGAUGAGACGCUCCAGUUUCAUGCUCGUGCAUACAUAUUGCACAUGAUAGGGUGCGUACUAUUUCCUGAUGCGAGCAAGACUCUCGUACAUGCACGAUGGCUGCCACUGCUGGAGGAUUUUGGUGUAUGCGGGGCACUAUCGUGGGGCAGUGCGGUGUUGGCAUAUUUGUAUCGAGAAUUGAGUAGAGUAUCUCUGAUGCAGAAUAAAGAAUUCAAGGGAUGCUGUACGUUGAUACAGAUUUGGUCAUGGGAGCGCAUUCAUAUUGGACGACCCACUUUACUUAUGCACCGUGACUUAGAGGGGCAGUAUCCGUUGGCAUACAGGUAUAACGUGCGAUACGCUCAGUACAAAUCAGCGACGCGUCACCGUCAGUUUUACCGAAAUGAGCUUGAUGGCCUCCAGCAUGAACAGUUCAAGUGGAGACCCUAUACACCGCCGGAGCUCGAUAUACAUUCUCUUGCACCUAUCUGCCGAGAUAGUCCCGACUUGUGGAGAGCCAGAGUUCCAUUGAUCUGUUGGGAGAUCGUAGAGAUGCAUGUACCGGACCGUGUGCUACGGCAGUUUACACUCUCUCAGCAUAUUCCAGAUCCUGUCGAGCAGAUCAAUCGUCGGCGGCGCCCUACAUCGCACCGGACUGACUGGGCCGUAGUCCGUGCGGACUACAUAGGCAGGUGGGUUCAGAGGUGGGAUUGCAUACAGGAUACGAGGCCCACAGCUGUUGACUAUACCACGUAUAUGCGUUGGUAUUGGGGUAUCACACGUAGAUGGAUCACGCGUGACCCACAGCCUUUAGCUGGACACAUGCCACGCCCACCGACAGAUAGUUACAUCCCUAGUGGGAUGAACGAGAGAGAUUACGUCCGUGUUUUAGAUAGCAUUGAUGCUGAUAUUGAUGCGCACGUGACUGAGAUUCAGGAUCAGGUGGCGUUAGGUCUCCUCAGCAGGAUCAAGAAGAGCAUAGCGCAGGUGUUCCAUAAGACUCACGUCGACGAGUUCGCAGGCCGUGAGGACAGGUCUCGCUCAUUUGGACGGGCGUACGCUCGACGUCGACGGCCGCGUGAUGAUGACGCCGGCACUUCGCAUGCCGAUGGAGCCGGCACUUCGCAUGCCGAUGACGCCGGCACUUCGCAUGCCGAUGGAGCCGGCACUUCGUAUGCCGAUGGAGCCGACACUUCGCAGCUUCAUACACAGCCGAAUACUCAGAUAGUUGAGGCUCAUCAGUAG